UCAGAGUGUGUUUGGCCAUUGGGAUUUAGAGCCUGGAGAGAGCGAGAGAACAGCAUCUAUCUAUACAGCAACUUCUAGCUUCACUCAUCCGCUUGCUACACACAGAGCAAACAUGGUUCUGGAGGACUCUGAGUACGACUCUGUCUUUGAGACUGAAGUCACUGAGGAAAUUGUUGAAACCCCCUUUGGGACAGUACACUGCACCUUGACAGGUGUUGUCCGGGAGAACCGACCCGUCAUCCUUACUUAUCACGACAUCGGACUGAACCAUAAGACCUGCUUUGACACUCUCUUCAGCCAUGAGGACAUGCAAGAAAUCACGCGCCACUUUGCUGUGUGCCACGUCAACGCGCCUGGACAGCAAGAAGGUGCCAGCACUCUUCCUACUGGAUUCACUUACCCCUCAAUGGAUCAGCUCGCUGAGACCCUGCCUAUUGUGCUCAAGCAUUUUAAUAUUACGAGUAUUGUUGGACUGGCCAUCGGGGCUGGAGCCUACAUCCUCGCACGUUUUGCUCUGAAUCACCCUGAUCUGGUUGAAGGUCUUGUUCUGAUCAACAUCAACGCUCAGGCAGAGGGGUGGAUGGACUGGGCAGCACACAAGCUCUCGGGCUUGGCUCAUGCUUCGCCUGAAAUUGUCAUCUCCCACCUGUUCGGAAAGGAGGAGAUUCAGAACAAUCAUGACCUCAUUGCGACCUUCCGCCAUCACAUCACGACCAGCAUUAACCAGACCAACCUCCAGCAGUUUGUCAAGUCCUACAACAGCCGACGGAAUCUGGAUAUUGAGAGACCUGCCCCAACUGGAAAUGCUAACGUGAAGACCUUAAAGUGCCCAGCUCUUCUGGUGGUGGGAGACAGCUCUCCUGCAGUUGAUGCUGUGGUUGACUGCAACUCAAGAAUGAACCCAACAAAGACCACCUUCCUUAAGAUGGCUGACUGUGGUGGUCUUCCCCAGGUAGAUCAGCCUGCUAAACUGGCAGAGGCUCUCAAGUACUUCAUCCAAGGACUGGGCUACAUGUCUUCUGCAGGCAUGACCCGUCUGUCCCGCUCCCGCACCACCUCUGGAACCAGUGUUUCGUCUAUGGAGGCCAGCAGGAACCGCACACGCAGCCGCGCACACACCGGUGAUGAGCAGCGCGGGCGCUCCCACACAGACGUCUCCAUGGAGAGCGCCUCCAACAGCUGUGCUGAACCAGGCCUGCCAGCAAUGAUCAAGGCCGCUGAGGUGUCCUGCUGAACACCCCAUAAUAUAACAUUAUACCCUACCACCUGCCUGUGCUGUUAUUUCCACAGGUCCCUCACUGUUUGAGCUGAGGACCACAAGCUACCCACCUGACCACCCACCCUCAUACUCAAUUCCACCCUAAUCCAAAUAUAUAAUGCCUCAAAUGAAGUGAUAUAUGCAGUUUUAGUUUAGUAAAGUUAGACAUGCACAAACACCCACUGAGAGCAUAGCUUAGAGAUUUCUUUUUAUAUGUAUUUUUGUGUGUAUGACUACAUAUAUUAUGGAAACACUGUAUUAAUAUACUGUAUUAAUAUAUGACGAACUGAAAGCACUUUGAAUGUAUUGGUUGUAAAAAUGUGUGAUGAUAUGUGUCUGUGAAGGAUGAAAGAUGUGUAUAAGAUGUGUAUAUUGGGGAUAUAACUUCAUUUAACCUUAAAAAAGAGAUUUACUCACUGUAUUAUAGCUGAAUUCAAGUUAAGGGGGAUUUUUAUAUGUUACAGCACUUUGCAUUAUGCUUUAGUGAAGAAACUAAACAAAAAAAAAUAUGUUACAUUCAUUCAUUAUGCCAAUGCUAUAUUUACAGUACCUUCCUACUGACUUUCUACUGUAUAAAUCUAAUUAAUAAAAGCUUCCCAUGUAUAAACAGUAUAACUGUAUAAAGCAUUUGUACCAGUUGCAACAGAAAUUAAAGUUCUAAAUAACAUUAAAACAUU